GUUACCACAGAGCAUGUUUCAUUUGUCGCUUGUGUAGCUUACCAUUUGAUCAUCAUCAACAUCGUAGCACUCCGUUUGAAUUUGAAGGCAAACUGUAUUGUGAAAGAGAUUAUCAUGUGUGAUCGUGUUAUUGCACCUUCAAUCACACCUAUCAAGGCAUUGGGAAAAUACUACCAUCCUGGACACAUUAAAUGUUAUCAUUGUUACUUGAAUAUUGAUGAACGAACGGGAUGGAAAGAAUACCAAGGACGAGUCUACUGUCGACAAGAUUUCAAAACGUUAUUUCUUCCCAAAUGCAGAGCAUGUCAAAAACCAGUAGAGAAAAACGCGGUAUCAGCAGCAGAUGGAAAAAUGAAAGGAAAAUGGCAUUUAGAAUGUUUUGGGUGUCAUUAUUGUAGAUCACCCUUUCCUGAAAACACAUUCUACGUCUUUGAAGAAUUACCUUACUGUAAACGACAUUAUCACAAGUUGAAUGGAUCGUUAUGCAAACGGUGUGGUGAUGGAAUAGAAGGUCACUGUGCAUUUACGCCAGAGAAUUGGAAAUUCCAUCCUCGAUGCUUCACGUGUGAGGCUUGUCAUAAAAGGAUGGAUGAUGAAUACUAUGUCGCAAAUGGUAGAAUUUUUUGCGAGGAUGAUAUAAGACGGCAAUAUCAUCAUCAAAAGAAUAUAAAUAUUUCCAAAAGGAAAACUCAAAUGUACAAUAUCUAA